AUGCUAACGCCGUCAUUUACAAUCACUCAGGAUGACGAGUUUGUCUUCAUUAAGGUGGAGGUGUCGCACAUCAGAUUUUCUGCUAAAGCUAUAGAGAUGGUUGCCAAUGGGGACGUUUUCGUUUUCUCACUUCCGCCUUACUACUUGAGACUUAGGCUACCAUUUAAUGUUAUUGAUGACGAGAGAUCCCAUGCAGCAUUCGACUCCCAGAAUGGCUGCGUGGAUAUCAAAAUUCCAAAAGAGGUUCGUGGACAACAUUUCCCAGACUUGGAUCUUACGGCAAAGCUUUUGGCCAGAAAGCAGGAAACUCAGCCGGAAGUGAAAAAGCCUCUAAUUGAGGAACUUGAUGUUACAAAUGAAGUCUCCACUGGCAACAUUUCACUUCAGGAGGAAGCAGAGGCCCAUGACUGGGAAGUUAAACAGGAAGUAGCCCAGGACGAUCUCUUGGGGCCCAAGUACGGAUUCAAUAACGACUAUGAUAAGAUAAUUGGCAUUUCCGUGUCUAAUGGAAACGACAUCAAUGAGUUGGGAAACCCAGAAUCUGCUGCUCCGAAUGAUAGAAUUCUUGAGAGGCUCAUUAAAGAGAAUAUCAAAUUCGAUCCAGAGUACUAUGCUGCUGACUACAUAAUGGAAAAGUAUCCAUCGCCUGAUGAUGACAAAAUCUUUUCUGGAAUUAUGUCGUGGAAGUGUCCAUCAACUAAGCAAUUCAAGUCCUGGUAUAAAGAUCAGCAAAAACUCCCAGAGAAUGAAAGAGACCAAUUCAUGCCAGUUGAGUUCAGUAAAGAAGAACAGAACAAAAUGCUCCAACUCCCACGAAAGUCAUACUUAGUUGAAGAGCUUUACAAGCCACAACUCUAUUCUUUUAUUGUGUCUUUGCUCUUUGCCUACCACUAUGAUCUUAGAGAAAAUGAAGGUGAGCAUAACAUUGAAAGUGCAUGGACGAUAGGCAAACUUGUUCCACAGUUUGCCUUCUUGGACUCUCAGUUGCACAUUUCUAGUAUGGACUCUAGCAGCAUUUUGAACGCAGCUAUAAUCACGGGAAUCCGCCGGGCACUCUCAUAUCCAUUUCACAGAAAUUACAAGGUUGCGAUGAAAUCAUGGGAAGAUGUUUAUUUCACGUUACGAGGAGGAAAGCGUAUGGUCAUUAAAUGCUUGCUUGACUUGAAGGAACUCUUUAGAUUUCAUGAUAUCUAUUAUGUGUACGACAAGAUUUGGCUCGAAGAUUUGUGCCUGUGGCUCAUUAGCGACCUGGUUUCCGAAAAUGCCAUCAGAUUACUCGGUCAUGAUGUGAAGAGAAGCACGGAAUCCAUUCAAAAAUCACAAAUCACGUUUGAAAAGGUGGAUGACACUCAAAGUGGAGAUGACAUGAUUGCACUUGAUAUCGCGGAUGUGGAAGCAAUGGCGGAGGAUUCUUACAAUUCAUUUAUCUCCCAAUCAUAA